GGUCAAAGGGUCCGUCGCCGUCGUUUCUUACUGGACCCUGGCGGUGCCAGAGCUACCAUGGCGCUUCCCUCACCUGGCCCUGCCCAAGGCCUGCAAGCAGGUUUGGGGGUGGAUGCUGUCUUCCCCCAUCUCAGAAGGAACUGGAGUAGUCUGGAGCUAUGCCACCGCCCGCGGACAUUGUGAAAGUGGCUGUUGAAUGGCCUGGAGCCAAUGCCCAACUGCUUGAAAUAGACCAGAAAAGGCCCCUGGCGUCUGUUAUCAAGGAGGUCUGUGAUGGGUGGUCGCUGCCAAACCCUGAAUACUAUACCCUGCGAUAUGCUGAUGGGCCCCAGCUGUACAUCACAGAACAGACUCGCUGUGACAUUAAAAAUGGGACCAUCCUGCAGCUGGCUGUCUCCCCGUCCAGGGCAGCACGACAGCUGAUGGAGAGGACCCAGUCACACAGUAUGGAGGCCCGACUGGAUGCCAUGAAGGAACUGGCUAAAUUGUCUGCAGAUGUGACUUUUGCCACAGAGUUCAUCAACAUGGAGGGCAUCACAGUGCUGACACGGCUGGUGGAAAGUGGCACCAAGCUUCUGUCCCAUUACAGCGAGAUGCUGGCGUUCACCUUGACUGCCUUCCUGGAGCUCAUGGACCAUGGCAUUGUCUCCUGGGACAUGGUUUCAAUAACCUUCAUCAAACAGAUUGCAGGAUACGUGAGUCAGCCCCUGGUGGAUGUCUCUAUUCUUCAGCGAUCCCUAGCCAUCCUAGAGAGCAUGGUGCUGAACAGCCAGACUCUGUACCAGAAGAUAGCGGAGGAGAUAACUGUGGGGCAGCUCAUCUCUCACCUCCAGCUCUCAAACCAGGAGAUUCAGACGUAUGCCAUUGCCCUGAUCAAUGCCCUCUUCCUGAAGGCGCCUGAGGACAAGAGACAGGACAAGCUCCUUAACCCGCUAGACCUGCCUGUCACUGAAAUGGCUAAUGCGUUUGCCCAGAAGCACCUGAGGUCUAUAAUCCUGAAUCAUGUGAUCAGAGGAAACCGCCCAAUCAAAACAGAAAUGGCGCAUCAGCUGUACGUGCUGCAGGUCCUGACCUUUAACCUCCUGGAAGAGCGGAUGAUGACCAAGAUGGAUCCCAAUGACCAGGCACAAAGAGACAUCAUAUUUGAGCUGAGAAGAAUCGCUUUUGAUGCAGAGUCCGAUGGCAACACCGUACCUGGGGGCGGGACAGAGAAACGCAAAGCCAUGUACACAAAGGACUACAAGAUGCUAGGAUUCACUAAUCACAUCAAUCCAGCCAUGGACUUUACCCAGACUCCCCCAGGGAUGCUGGCUUUGGACAACAUGCUCUACUUGGCCAAAUUCCAUCAGGACACCUACAUAAGGAUUGUCCUGGAAAACAGCAGUCGGGAGGACAAGCAUGAGUGCCCGUUCGGGCGCAGCGCCAUUGAGCUCACCAAGAUGCUGUGUGAAAUCCUGCAGGUUGGGGAGCUCCCCAAUGAGGGCCGGAACGACUACCACCCCAUGUUCUUCACCCAUGACCGAGCAUUUGAGGAGCUCUUUGCCAUCUGCAUCCAGCUGCUAAACAAGACUUGGAAGGAGAUGAGAGCAACGGCAGAGGAUUUCAACAAGGUGAUGCAGGUUGUACGUGAGCAGAUCACCCGAGCUCUGCCCUCCAAACCCAACUCCUUGGACCAGUUCAAGAGCAAGCUGCGCAGCCUAAGCUACUCUGAGAUCCUGCGGCUGCGCCAGUCUGAGAGAAUGAGCCAAGAUGACUUUCAGUCACCCCCCAUUGUGGAGCUGAGAGAGAAAAUCCAGCCUGAGAUCCUGGAGCUGAUAAAACAGCAGCGUCUGAACCGGCUGUGCGAGGGAAGCAGCUUCCGGAAAAUUGGGAAUCGCAGGAGACAAGAGAGAUUCUGGUACUGUCGUCUGGCUCUGAACCACAAGGUUCUACACUACGGAGACCUGGAAGACAAUGCCCAGGGCGAAGUGACUUUCGAGUCACUGCAGGAAAAGAUCCCUGUAGCAGACAUCAAGGCCAUCGUCACAGGGAAGGACUGUCCACACAUGAAGGAGAAAAGUGCACUGAAGCAGAACAAGGAAGUGCUGGAAUUGGCCUUCUCGAUAUUGUAUGAUCCUGAUGAGACACUGAACUUCAUUGCACCUAAUAAGUAUGAGUACUGUAUCUGGAUCGAUGGACUCAGUGCCCUCCUGGGGAAGGACAUGUCCAGUGAGCUAACCAAGAGUGACCUGGACACGCUGCUGAGCAUGGAAAUGAAGCUGAGACUCCUGGACCUGGAGAAUAUCCAGAUCCCUGAGGCCCCACCACCCAUCCCCAAGGAGCCCAGCAGCUAUGACUUUGUCUAUCACUAUGGUUGACACAGGCAGAACUGGACAGGGACAGGGGAUGAAGGGACAGCUACUGCUGAAAAGAAACUCAGAACCCUGGAGAUUGUUCGGAGAUUGGCAUCAUGUCCUUUGUUUGUACAGGAUGAGUUCUGAACAUGGCAACCACUGAUUACUAAUUUCUCUAUGCCCCAGCCAUUCCAGUAGGCCUGCAGCUUCUUGUUUACUCACCUCAUUAUGAGGUGAGAGUCACGACGCUGGGGUGCCAUAUGGGGGAGGCACUCCGUUCUCUCACCAGCAACACUGCAUGGCACUAGGUGAGGAAUAUGCCUAGCAAGAGGAGGAGCUCCUGCCCUGGCCACAGGGUUGGCAUCCACCCCUGUAUCCCAGAAAUGUUGAGUCUCCAUUCAAUCCCACCUUCUACCAGAAAACAUAAUAAAAUCAUUGAGUGACUGACAUCUGCUGCAGCAGAAAAUGGUGCAAAGAGGGAGUCCUUUGGUCACUACAGGGGUGACACUGGUGCCUGAGGAACGAGAGCAGAAGCCAAUGAACAGUUGGGGGUCAGCAUCCCCCAGUAACUCAUUAUUGUAUGAUUUUUAUAUGAAUUUCCAUAAUAUAAAUAAUAAUCCUUACCAUA